AUGUUUACGAGUGUAUGUCAUCAAGUUCUGUUACAAAGCUCACCAUUUCACGAUUCGACAAGAAAACCAUUAAGUACCCUGUUAAAUGACAUGACACAUUAUGUCGCCACAUACAAUUUAGAAGUCGAUGAUGAAUCAAUUGUAUUUGGCCUUCAACUUCUUCUAUUAAAUGAUAAUGAAAGGAUCAGGGCCGCAGCAUUACGAGCAUUUCGAUUUUCUAUUCAUCGUUUAUCAAUAAUUGAAAAAUUUCUUGAAUAUCGGCUUGAUUAUCUCGUAGCACGUUCACUAAUAAUUGAUUCACGUCAGUCGUCUACACGUGAAAAUCGUGAACGUUUUGAAGCAUAUAAAUUAGUUCGACGUUUGUUUCAUUUAUAUCCUACUCGUUUUCCUCUCUCAUUCAUUUAUGCUAUGGAUUCACUAAUCAAGUAUUCUAGUCAAGCAGGCGAUAAUAGAAAAAACAAGCCAAAUGUACAAUCACAACAACAACAAUCAAUAAUAAGACAAGAUCAAAUGGUUAAAUGUAGUCUUGAACUUUUAUGUGAAAUAGCUCUUUAUAAUCCGCAUAUAUUACACGACUGCAGUACAUUUCAUACAAUGCUACGUUAUAUUACAGAUUAUGAUCAAGAAGAAUUAAUUGAAAGUGUCAUAUACGCGGUGUUACAUGCUGUUGACAGAUUCAGUGUUAAUGAUAACAGUGAGCCAACAGUAGUCGAAGCAAUGGAUCUGUCAAUUCAAGGACCUGGAUGGAUAUUUAUCGAUGAAGGAAUGCAAAAACGACAUAAUCUAAUCAAAAAUAUAUUUAGUGAACUUGUUGCCGUAUUUUCAUUGUGUGAAAAAGGCGUAAUGAAAACAGCGGAUAGACGAGGAAUGACCCCUACAAUAUAUGAAAAUCUGAGAUUUAAAGAAGUGGACAAAAAUCAACAAUUGAAAUCGUGUAGUAUAGCACUGAAAGCCGUAUUGAGAAGUUGGAUAGGUUUCACAGCAUUUUGUCAGUCAAGUAAUUCAUCAGUUCGAUUACUGGUGAAUUGUCUAUUAGUGCAAUCCGAACCAAUGAAAAUGUGUAUUAUCGAUUUAUUUCAUGAUUUAUUAAAUCUCGAUAUUCCGCCUAUUUGCGACAAUUAUGAAUCAGCAUUGAAAUCAACGUAUCCAGUAUAUAAUUUAACUAAUGCUGAAGAAGGUUUUACUUACGUUGCUAUGGAAGGAUCAUGCAAAUUACCACGUUUAUCAUCAACAAGACCAAAUCUGCUUGAUAGUCAUAUGGCUCUUAUGCUCUUAACAUUCAUUGAUGCUGGCUUUAUUGAGGCUAUAAGUGAAGUUGCAUCGAGUGAUAAUACAAUUUUGGCAAUUCGAGCUACAUUAUUGAUGGCGAAUUUCAUUUGGCUUUGUAAUGAACAUUUACCAGAAGAGCAAAGUUUUCUUUUAUUACCAUUGAUUAUGGAUAUUGCUAUUGCAGACGAUGAUAGUGUUAAACGAAGUUUUGCAAGAGAAACUGUUUUAAAUAUAAAUGCAUUGUUCGAAUGGAAACAACGCACAAAAAAUACCUAUUCAUUCCAGUUGGCACAAAUGAUUGAACAUGCCCACCAAUCACAAUUCAAUAAUUUAAAUCAAACAAAUUAUAAUAGAAAUAUGUUAACAAACAUUCUAGCCCCAGAUGAUUUAUUGUCGGCAGAAAAAUUAGAUAAUUGUCUGAAAGAUACAUACACAUCACAAACAAACGAUUUUCGAUUAUGGAACUGGGAUUUAAUUUUAUCGUUACUCAAGGUCUUUUUCAAACAAGUCGAACAAGUACAAGGCGACUUAUAUGAACGAUUUUUGAAUCAACUAUGUAACUUUUUUAAACCAGAACAAAAUGAAUUUUGUGAUAUAAAAUUAACUGAUUCAUUAUCAAGUAUAACAUGCCGAAAUCUUUUGGCAUUUGCUGAUUUGCUUGCUUAUGCAAGAUCAUCACAAAACGAUAUAAAAUAUAUUGCUAGUAAUAUUGUACGAACUCUGCUGACAAGUAUAAGUAAUGCCUUACAACAAUCUAUAAACGCAAUAAAAGAUGGAGGCAUUCGUCCUAUUAUUAGUGAUCAUGAUUUAAAGUCGACCAAUAGUGUAUAUUAUUAUUUAUUUAUCGGAAGACUUAGCGGAACAUCGAUUGGAAUGGAAGCAAUAAUUGAAUGUGAUAUAUUUAAACAUUUAACUGACAUGGUUACAUCAGGCGAUGAAUUUACGACAUCUGUGGUUGUUGCUUUGUCCGCAUUUAAUUAUUAUGCUGAUAGUCCAUGCAGACAUUUUCUUUUACAAGCAAUAAAUUCUCCAUGCACCGCGCUAAGAUUGUAUACAACAAGUUUACUUCGUAUUAUAUUGCGUUGUAAUACAAAAGAAUUCGGACAAUGGGGCAUCGAUGUUCUUUGCUCAAAAUUAUCCGAUCCUAAUCAAGGAGUUAUUUUGGAAGCCGUUCGGGUACUUGAUGAAGCAUUAGAAGAUAAACAACUGGUCUAUAUGUUUUUAAAACAAUGGCAAGCAUUUACAUUUAUGAAAAAUGAACCCAUACUAUCUUCUUAUUAUCAUUUGGCUGGUGGUCGUUUGUGUUCUCUUCACUUUGAAUUAAAUGAUGUGAAGCAUGAUUAUCAACUCAAAAUGAUUAAAGAUGAAUUAGAACAUUGGGAUAAUUAUUUUAAUUCUCAUUAUGUGACAUUGAUGGAAAAUGUUCUAUUUUCAUCAUACAGUGGUGGUGUUUUGUUAACAAAUGAUUAUUUUGAAAGACGCAAAUCAUACUCGACAUGUGGACAAAAACGUAAAAUUAUCGAUGCUCUCGUACUACCACAUAUAUAUAGACAAAUAUGUUUCAAUUAUGAAGGAUUUCUAUAUUUAAGAGCUAAUUCGAAUUUAGAAAAAUAUUGUCGUGACUUAAAACAAAAUAAAACAAACUGUGUUAGUUUAUCGGAGACAAAGUAUAUUAAAGAAGUUUUGUGGGCUUUAGCACAUACAGCAAGCACAGAUAUAGGUUAUCAAUGGUUCAUGGAGAAAGAUUUGAUACCAGAUUUUUUAAGAUUUGCUGAAGAAUGUCAAAAUUUAUCGGUUAGAGGAACAGCGUUUUAUGCAAUUAGUUUAAUUGCUUUAACACCUGAUGGCGCUGUAACUUUAAAAAACUACGGUUGGGAAACAUAUCGUGUACGAUCUCAUUCUGUGCCAUUGAAUAAUGCUCUAACUGAUUCUUAUCAACGUCGAAUGUCUACAAGACUUAAUACAUUGCCAUCAUCACUAAGCAAUCAAGCACAUAAAAGUUUUUCUAUGCAAGUCACUUCACCAUCACCUCUCGCAACGUCAGCAUCAUCCUCGACAUCAACGUUAAGUUCUAAACGUCCAUCUUUGUCAAUCGAAAUACCAGGAAUUCCAAGUGAUUUGCUGUCAUCUUCCCCGUUGGUGUUAACAAAUGCAUAUCUCGAUAAUAUGGAUGUUAAAUCAAAAAGAUCAAACACUGUACCAUCGACAAUACCAAUGAAUACAAUAAGUGAAAAAACAGAUGUCAGACAUAUUGUGAUUGCUGAAGAAUCAAGUGUGCCGCCAUCACCAUUAACGAAUUCAGCAGCGUUUGUCUUAGAGCCUAACGCAAUUGUUUGUUUUAAUGAUGGAUUAAAUUCGGAUUUAAAUAAUCCGACACGAGUUGUCGUACCGCUGCGUCGUUGUCACAGUAUGGCACGUGAACUAUAUCCUCUGUCAUCAUAUACGCGAGAUAGCGGGAUCUAUAGUACUGGAACCGGCUAUAUAACAACAGCCACUGGUACCGGAUCAAUUUCAAUACCAUUGGAUGAUAUUGAUUUUUCAAGAAGUCCAUCGUAUGCAUCGUAUCAAACUGCACCAUCAACAGAAGCACAAGCAACAGAGUCUUUACCAUUAGAACGUUUUAGGCCGAGAAGUAAAUCAGCACAUCAAUCGUUAGUUUAUAGACAAUCGCAAAAAUUACAGAAAGUACCGGAAGUGAUACAAGCACUAAAAGCGCCAACAACUCGUGGUGGAAAUACGGAAUCGGCGCAAACGGAUGAAUUAUUUCGUUCUCGUUUGCUACGUUGUAAUUUUCUAUUAAAACCAGAUGCAGCUGGAUACGAAUACAUGCGUUAUGUUCAAAAAGUUAGCCAUGGUACAUAUUCUCAAAUAACAAAAAAUAAAGAAAUUAAACCAACAACAACAACAGCAAGAAAAAAAGAUAUGCAAACAAGACGAAGAGUCAAUUCUUUAUUAUCUGUUGAUGGAUCAUCAUUUUCAUCAGGCAAUAAUGAUCAUAUUCAAACGCCAAUUUUACAUUUUCAUCAUCAAUUUACUUCAUCAUUUUAUAAACGAAUAUAUGAACAUGAAGAGCAAACAGUUUCAAAUGAAGAUAAUGAAUCUAAAUAUUCUGAAUUACGAGAUAUGGAUGAUGCUGAUGAAGAUGAAAAUACGUGUUAUCGUGGAUUAGCUGUUCCAGUUGAUAUUAGACAAGUAGUGGAACUAUCAGAUGGUUAUAAUUUACCAGUAGAAACUUGGACAGAUUUAGUUCGUUCACGGGCAAGCACAAAUGCCGAUUGUAUUCGAUCUCGUAGCAAUACAAAUGCUACAAAUAAUUCUGAUGAUUCAGGAGAAUUUAUUCCAAUUAUGUCAUCACCAGUAAUAAUUGAUCAUCGUUCGCGUGUAUGCAUGGUGUGUACAAAUUCACCACACGAUGAUAUAAAUAUUUCCUCACAAUUUGGUUUUAAUGAGAUUAAAUCAUUGGCAAGUCGUAUGAUAGCUGGAAUUCAUAUUGAAGAAGUUGAAAAAAAACUUUUAAGUUGGAAAGAGAGUAGUCCAUUAAUAUUUGACGAUAUUUGUCUUUAUUCGGAAAUUUGUCGAAUUUUAUCGUCAAGUAGUGUUAGAGUGACAGCACAACGAUUUCUUCACGACUUAUUUUCCGAUUGUCAAUUUCAAAAUUUUCGUCAACGUCGUUUACAUCAACAUUCCGAAACAAUUGAAGAGAUUGAUGAUGAUGAUGAUGAUGAUGAUGAUGAAUAA